AGCCACGAGACAAAGAAGUACACCACUCCAGCACAUUCUCGCCGUUACUGUGGAUCCACGUUAUAGCGUCUCUCGUCUAUCACCGUUGAAAACACCUGUGGGCGACAAACAUGGCCAGGCCACGAGUUUUCUUUGAUAUGACCGUUGACGGUCAAAGUGCAGGAAGGAUCGUCUUUGAGCUGUAUAGUGAUGUGGUGCCAAAGACAGCCGAGAACUUCCGGGCUCUAUGCACCAUGGAAAAAGGCUUCGGCUACAAAGGGAGCAGCUUCCAUCGUAUCAUCCCCCAGUUUAUGUGUCAGGGCGGGGACUAUGAAAAACAUAACGGAACUGGAGGAAAGAGCAUCUACGGCGGCAAGUUCGCUGAUGAGAACUUUCAAAUGAAGCACACAAAGCCAGGUUUGCUGUCGAUGGCUAAUGCUGGACCCAACACCAAUGGCUCUCAGUUCUUCAUUACAGUUGCCGAGACUUCAUGGCUGGAUGGCAAGCAUGUGGUGUUUGGGGAGGUGAAGGAAGGGUACGAAAGUGUCGUCAAAGAGUUGGAGACUCUUGGAGGUCAAAGUGGGAAGGUGGGGAAGAAAGUCAUCGUAGCCAAUUGUGGUCAGCUCUGAGGUCAGACAGGUGGUCCACAAUGGUUCCUCCAGCACAUCACAACAGCUGCCCAGAGAAACAGACCUCCAUCGUGUAACAUGUUUUGGACUUUUAUGCUACUCACAGGGAUUUAUCUAGGAUUCAAAACUCAGUUCCAUUGCCAGGCAAGUUGCGAAAAAUUGGGAUUUUUAAGAGUUAUUUUCUUAAAUUGAGAGGUAUUUUAUCAUUCCAAGGAAUUCAAUAAAAUAAAAUAUUUUGGACGUUCUACCUUACCUGACGCUACAGCUAUAGGCACUGUGUAGCAUCAGGUAAGUAUAAAAAACAUUGCAUUUAAUCAGAAAUGCUCAUUUUUAUUAUUCCAGGAUGGGAUUUUUUCUGCAGAUUUGGCACCGAAUAUUGGCCUCUGUGCAGCUAUAGAGAAAUCCUUCACUCAACUUUUGAUAGGGAUAGAUUUGUUACCAUGGUUACAGCUGCUUGUAUACGUAAUCAGUUGGAUGCAUCAUUGAAUGCUGGAGGUAUCCCUAUCAAGAGAUGUGUAGUAUAUCAUGACAUAGGUCAUUGUAAUGCCCGUGUGGUUAUACUCUCACGGGACAAUUUGAUGAUACGCUUGGCAAAUACUUAAAAUUAUACACCCCUCUCUGUCAAGUUGGAGGUUUGAUAUGUUAUGUGAUGUGCUUAAGGAAUUAGUAGAUAGUUACUCUGUAUCUCAAUCUCUUGUUUCUUGCAUAUUAACAAAUAAGGCUCAAACAGUGCCACCAUUCAAUAUCAGGAUACAAUGGUCAUGGUAGAAUAUGUGUCAGGAAGUUCAGUGGGGAAUGCAGAAUUAGAAUAAAACAAACAACCACUUUCGAAAAUCAGUGUUUUAUGUCAGACGUUCCUCGUCAUCACAAAGAAUUGAUCUGAUCAGAUAAGGGACAUAUACUUCCUAUGAUAAAUCUGAAGAUGUUGAUCAGUACGAUUGUAAAUAUCAAACGUCAACUCCAGAGAAUAACUAUGCAGAUUAUCGGCUGAAACAGAUUCCACUGAGCGUUACCUGCAAAAGAGCAGUGAAAAUGAUCACUGAAUAUCGGGGACACCAUUGAUGACGGUUAUUGAAAGUAUUUGCUAAAUGACACAUAUACUGAAUGAAGCAUGGGUCCGGUUUGUGGUGCAGUGCUGAGUCAGCUUUAUUAUCAUACAGCUUUUGAAUUAGAACCUCGUCCUUACUUUGAAAAUGUUAACGUUGAAGUUUCUGAACCAUGGUAUAAACGAGUAAUCCCCAUAGAAAGGUGAUAGCCAUGAAUUCAGCUGUAAAAUACAAUACAUUCUCAUGGGAUAUGCAAUACAAAAACACCAUUUGUGUCGAAAAUGAAUUGUUCCAUGUUCCAUGUAACCAAUUUUUCCAUGUUAUGAAUUAUUUGGUGGCUAAUGGGUAUUUGACACAGUUUUACACAUUUGUUGAAUUUUUAUAUGUUUUGUUAAUUUUACUGUAUUGGCAUGAAUAUGGCAUUCAACAUUCAACAGUGCCACUUGGAAUAUAAAUGUAUGCAUUGGUAGGCAUGUGUAUUCCGAAGUAUACAUUUCAAAGUGAUGAUGUUGCGGACAUACUUGGUUCAGCUUCGUAAGUGAUUAUUUUUGGAAAUUUGUCAGCCAUCCAAAGGAAGGCCUACCACCAUUCAAAUUCAGAAUCUGUGACACUUGUUGAUGAUACUGUUUACUCACUUUUUUUGUCAAAGCUAUAACACUGUUCAAACAUUUCUAUUUCACAGCAGCUCUUUAUUUUUGGAAUGAACCAUAACCAAUUAUGCUAUUAAAGAUAUUCUUCUCUAA